AUGAUUGUUGUUGCUGAUGGAGUUUCAAAUCAAAAGUCAUAUGAUGGUAUUAUGAUACCAUAUAAACCAGUAUAUGGUGUACCAAAUAAAUGUAAAGGAAUGUCCAAUCAUCAAACGACCGAAGAAAAUUAUCGAACUUGUCAAAUAAAUGCGAUUGAAAAAUGGAAAAUAAAACUACAACAUUAUUACACUGAAAGUUGGAAUUUUUGCUGUUUCGUAUAUGAAGUUUUGAAAUGCGAAACCAAAGUAUUGUCUGAAUGUGACGCAGACUAUUCCGAUCGCAAUGACAAAGAAACAAGACGAUUGUUUGAUAAAUCAUGUCAACCAAUCAUGGCAAAAAAACCUUGUAGCAAGAGUGAGGAUGGAGGUGAUAAUACGUUAUGGAUAGCAUUAGGAAUUGCUGCAGGAGCAAUUAUAACUCUGAUUGUUGGUUGUAUUUUCUUUUGGAGAAAGCAGCUUAACCCAGAAUCAAAUGCAAAAAAAGUUUACAAGGCAGAAAAAUAUCAAAAAAUCUAUGAAAAGGAAUACGUUCGUGCUGUUUAUGACAAUGAAGUUGAUAAUCUCAACAAUAAAUUCUUACAAAACGCAUCGAAACAGACAAAUAAUAAUGAAAAACCACAACCGAUUAAAAAAGACAAUGAUGAAGUACAAAUAUUGAAAAAAGAUAUGAAAAAAAUUGAAAAUGAAUUGGAGAAAAAAAUCAANGGCAGAUUCGAAAAAUGA